GUUUGCUUGGGUUACCUGUGGAAUGCUGCCUCUACUGCUUCAUUGUUAUUAGAGCACGCCGGUCAGCUAGGUCGAAAGUAAAUACUACUACUUCUGUACCAAAGAUUUCUUACCUCAAAGGUCAAAUCAUUCAGUAAAUUUAAAGGCUCGAGGUCAGAUGUUAUUUGGAAAAGAAUAGAGUAAAUAGAGAAAGAAUUUUGAUAAUGUUUAUGAAGAUGCUCAAACAACUGGCUCUCGUCCUCGUGCUAGCCUGGUUCCCAAGUAAAGUCAGCUCUGCAUCAUGUGGACUAACAACAAGCUCUAAUUUAGGAGCUGGCUAUCUUAGCUYGCCAACUAAAUCUGGCUCUGGAGGAUUUACUUCAAUAGUUCCAAGUACCCUAAAUGCAGAAUACCCUAAUGACAUGGACUGUACUUAUGAUAUUAAUGCUCCAUCUGGAACAGUUGUCAAACUAACUUGGAGAACAUUUGAUUUAAAAGGCUAUAUGCCAACAUGUUGGCCAAAAGACUAUGUGGAGAUAUUUGUUGGUUGUGUUAGCAGAACAUCGAUUGGAAAAUACUGUUCUAUCAAUUCACAACGACCAUUUGAUGUCUACUCUCCUGAUAACUGCCUGCGUAUCAAGUUUCAUUCUGAUGAUGAAGACGCAGGGAAGGGUUUUGUGGCACAUUACACCACACUUCCCAAAAGUAACUCUUACAUGCCAAACUCUUGUGGGAAUUUUCUUAAAAGCGGUACCAACUAUGGCACCAUUUCAUCUGCAAAKUGGCCAAAUAACUACUACGCCACUGGUGGUAGCUGCUAUUGGUCAAUUCAGGUCGGCAAAUCCAAAAGUGUCAAGAUUGCUUUUAUGGAUUUUGACCUACCAUCUGAUUUUGGAUGUGAUGAUGUAAAAAUCAAGAUCAAAGCUGAUGAUGAUGAUAAGUCAUACAAUAGAGCAGAUGAGACUGUAAUGGACAGUAGGUGUGGCAGAAGGAAACCUUUCACUGUCACCUCCUCUGAAGAAAGGGUGUACAUCAGGUUUAAAACAGGAUCCAGAAAUGUCAAUCACAGGGGAUUUAUUUUAGGAUAUGUGCUUUAUGAACCAAGUAUCCAUGAUACAGGGUCACAAGUUGCCAUCAUUGUCAUCAGUAUCAUCAUUGUCAUAGUUGUCAUUGGUUGUGUAGUCUUCUGUUACAUUAGAAGACGCYGUGCAGCAGAAAGGUAUCAUCAGGCUCCAGCUGCAGUACCCAUGGCUCCUGCAAGUUAUCCUACUCAGCCAGCAACAAUACCUCCACCAUCAUAUGGACACGCAACAGCAGGUCCAUAUCCUCCACCAGGCUCUCAACCUCCACCAGGACAGUCUCCUUACCCUCCACCAGGACAGUCUCCUUACCCUCCACCAGGACAGUCUCCUUACCCUCCACCUGGACAGUCUCCUUAUCCACCACCUGGACAGUCUCCUUACCCACCACCUGGAGGACAACCUUACCCACCGCCUGGAGGACAUCCUAACCCUCCACCCGGAGGACAGCCUUACCCACCACCAGGAGGACAGCCUUACCCACCACCAGGAGGACAGCCUUACCCUCCACCCGGAGGACAGCCUUACCCUCCACAAGGUGCUCCACCCCCUUAUCCUCCACCGGGACAAGGCCAGCCUUACCCCCCUCCAGGUCAGGAGAAACCCUAUCCACCAAUGUAAAUGACUGCUGCAGUUGCAGUUGGAGUGUAUUUCUGUUCUAUUCAACCUCCUUUGUAUACCCUCAAGCAUUAUGUACAAUGUAUAUUAUUUGAAUAUAUAACUAUCAAUGAAAUACCAAUUUUUCUUUAUCACUAAAAAGUAAUAUCUUCACAUGUGAAGAUUUUAUGAUAUAGAACUUCACAUGUGAAAAUAACACCAUUGGUAAGAGUUUUAAGGAAUCGCAUUCAAUAGUAAAAAUCCACCAAAAUCUUAUAUUUCAUCGAUAAUUAUAAAGUACACCUUUGGUAUGAUUGUAAUAAUCAAAUGCAGAUAGUAUUUAGCCUCCAUUGACUUGUGUGUUAAAAACAAUAGAGGUUUUUCACGGCAGUCAUGUUUAUGGACAGGAAAAAUGCAAUAUUUUUGCAUGAAAGGAAUUUUUUUUUCCCAAAUGAGAAAAAAAUUGUUUUGCCCUCAAACAUGGCUUCCAUGACAUUACAUGAAAACUCUCUAUUGAUUUUUCUUUUACUCAUCAUCAGUAGUAAUCAUCAUAGCUGGAUGUGUGCUUAUUUUUGACUAGUUGUUAGACAUUUUUAUAAUGCCAACACAGAAAGCCUUGGCAUCUACUUUUAAUAUUGAAUAUUGUAAAACCUAUGUUUGGGCUUCCUGUUACGUUAGCAUUGUUUUUAGAGUGUAAGGCCGGCAUCCUKCACUCACAUAUUAAGCACAUCUUGUUAUGUGUAGUAAAUGCUAAGCUAUCCCAGUUUUUCAGGUGAACAUGACCUGUUGGCCAGACUAACUGAUUACACSCAGCAUUUAUUAUUUAUCCGUGAUAUGUCCAAUGAUUAGCCAAGUGUAUGUUAUAUAUAUACUUACAUUUAUGAUAAUUUAGCGGGAUUUUCUGUUCAAAUAUCUAAUUGUUGAAGUUAGAGAAUAAAUCCUGGGAAAAAGUUGUGGCAAGGUUUUAGCGAUCUUUUGUGUGAUUGGAUCCGGAAAUACGUCGCAACUUAUAAGCCCUAAUAGGCUGGUGAACGGGAAAAUUUUAGAAUUGAAAAUGCCGAAUGAAUUAAUAAACUUUUUAUCAUUAUUUAAUUAAAUUUACUUCAUGAAUUUGUAGUUAGAAUUAAAAUUAAUGUUAUUGUUACUGCGAUUUUCAUAAACAUGCGAACCUGUGUCUUCGAGAUGCACGCUGAAAUUUGUUUUUUUCGCUGCCGCCAAUCAAACCUAAUCAGUCGGUACCUGUCAUAUUUUUGACUGGCGGCAGCAAAAACCAAGUUUGAGCUUGCCAAUUAGAGACACAGAGAUUGCAUGCUUUUGAAAAUUGCRGUAAUAUCUAAAAGUAAAUURUCUCCUUUUUACAUAAAUACAUGCAUGAGCUAAUUAUAUCUCAUUAUCACAGAACUAUGAGUGGGAAACCAUACGGUACUGACUUAAAACASGUACACGGUACGACAUGCCGUAACCUUGGAAUGGCUUUCCAUUGUCUUGCAGUAAUUCCUCCAAUCACWAUGAGUAAUCACAGUAUGGCUACGACGUUUUCAAUCGUUUUCCACUCAUAUGUCAACUACUCUAUUAAUAACAUGUACUUAAAUCACUAAAUUGUGGCAUUGCAGURCAUUAAAAGAUACCAAGCCGAGAAGCUAGAGUGUCAACAGUAAACCCGUAAGAUUGACCAA